GGGCGGGCCUUCCUUCCUUCCUUCCUGUUCUCCCCGCGACCCUCCCUCCCUCCGUCCUUCUCCCCGUCCAGGGUCAUGGCUCUCGGGAGGAGAAGCCUCGGGCCUGCCGCUCGCAGGGCCUACUCCAGAGGAGCCGCAGCCAAGGCGUGGCUGACGGAGGGCUUCCUGGACUCCUUGAGGGCGGUGGUGGGGGCUCCCAACGUCUCCACGGCCCCCGCCGUCCGCGAGCAACACGGCCAUGACGAAUCCAUGCACAGGUGCCGCCCGCCGGAUGCGGUGGUCUGGCCGCAGAACGUGGACCACGUCAGCCUCCUGGCCCAGGCGUGCUACAGCCGUGGGGCUCCCAUCAUCCCCUUCGGCACCGGAACCGGCCUGGAAGGCGGUGUUGGCGCUGUGCAGGGCGGAGUCUGCUUCGACUUGACCCAAAUGGACCAGAUCUCGGACCUCAACACGGAGGACUUCACCGUCGCUGUUGAACCUGGUGUGACCCGCAAGACCCUGAACAACUUUCUGCGAGGAAGCGGACUCUGGUUUCCAGUCGACCCCGGAGCAGACGCCUCUCUGUGCGGCAUGGCGGCCACCGCGGCCUCCGGCACCAACGCCGUGCGCUACGGCACCAUGCGCCACAACGUGCUCAACCUGCAGGUCGUGCUGCCCGACGGGACGGUGCUCCACACGGCCGGGCGGAACCGGAGGCCCAGGAAGAGCGCGGCCGGCUACCACCUGACGGGCCUGUUUGUGGGCUCGGAGGGGACGCUGGGCCUCAUCACCCAGGCCACGCUGCGCCUGCACGGCGUCCCCGAGGCCACCGCGGCCGCCGCCUGCGCCUUCCCGUCGGUCAAGGAGGCCGUGGACUCCACCGUCCAGGUCCUGCAGGCCGGCAUCCCCGUGGCACGCAUCGAGUUCCUGGACGACGUGAUGAUUGGCGCCUGCAACCGCUUCAGCCACCUCAACUACGCGGAGCUGCCCACGCUGUUUCUGGAGUUUCACGGCACCGAGCACGGCGUGGCCGAGCAGGUCCAAGCGGCAGGGGAGAUUGUGAAGUCCAACGGCGGGUCCGACUUUGCGUGGGCGCAGGAGCAGGAGGCCCGGAACCAGCUCUGGGCGGCGCGGCACAACGCCUGGUACGCGGCCCUGGCCCUCCGCCCCGGCUGGAAGGGCUACUCCACCGACGUCUGCGUCCCCAUCUCCCGCCUCCCCGAAAUAUUGGUGGAAACCAAGAAGGACCUGAUGGAGUCCAAGAUCGUAGGUCCCAUGGUUGGACACGUCGGAGACGGGAACUUCCACUGCCUCCUGAUUCACGAUCCUGAAGACGAAGGACAAAGACGCAGCGUGGCCGACUUUGCCGAGCGGCUGGGAAAGCGGGCGCUGGCCAUGGACGGCACCUGCACGGGCGAGCACGGCGUGGGCCUGGGCAAGCGGCAGCUCCUGCGCGAGGAGGUGGGCGAGGUGGCGCUGGCCACGAUGAGGCAGAUCAAGGCGGCGCUGGACCCCAAGCUCCUCAUGAACCCCGGGAAGGUCUUGUGACCGCGACCCCUCUCCUUGACCGGCAAGACUAGAAUCAUCUCCGCACUUGAGUAGCCAUGUCCGAGACUAUCUGCAUGGAGGUUGCUUGGCCUUUGUUGCCUGGAGGCACCCUCUGUUUGGGAGUUUGCAAGAGGGCGAGCCAAGACGUUCCCUCCUAGUUAUGCUAGGUUAGGCCAGGUUUGUCAUGGCUUGGGUUGGGCUAUUAUAUUUGCACUUUGGGCCAUUCCUAACAGCCUCAGGACCCUUCCUUUUCCCCCUCAGCCGCUUAAGCGGCUGAGGGGGAAAAGGAAGGGUCCUGAGGCUGUUAGGAAUGGUGGGAGUUGCAGUCCAAAGUUUGCCCGUGCCUGCUGUAGUGUUUCCAUGAAGAAGGUGUAUAUUCCAUUAAAGCUUGCCCAAAUUAA